UCGGCGUGCAUAUGACCUAGGUGUUCGAUUCUUCGCGCGCACGUUUCGCGGUAGGGUUGCGUGAGAAAAGUGACACGAUCUCAGCUCAAUCUUGCACGGCAUACAAUGAAUUCGAUGAUGGCGAUACCCAUGGAAUUACAGUACCAUCUGCACCAGCAAAUGCUGUUUCAUCAGCAACAAGUCAGUUUGAGGAGGAGAGAACUAUCAGAGAACAGAACGAAUUCGAACUGGACGAUACCACCAGCACCUGGGGGAGGGCCUCCACUGCCCCCAGAGGUCAAGGUUGAACUGCAAAAUCGCGAAUUGUGGAAACAGUUUCACGAAGAAACAACGGAAAUGAUAAUUACGAAGUCGGGCCGGCUAAUGUUCCCGUCUAUCCAGCUGGCGAUCAGUGGAUUAGAGUGCCGCGCUCGUUAUUGCGUUCUCCUCGAAGUGGAGCCGGCGUCUGAUCGCCGACACAAGUAUGUCGGCGGCGGCGGCGGCGGCGUCGCCGGCUUCGAGAAUGGUUGUGGGAACGCACGAGGCUGGACAUCGGCUGGACCAGCCGAAUUGCAACCGUCUAUCGAUAGAAGACUUUAUCUGCACCCGGAGAGCCCUGCAACGGGUGCACAUUGGAUGCAGCAUUCCCUGAAGUUUAACAAACUGAAACUGACGAACAACGCUGCGGAUCCUAAGACGAAUAUAGUUUUAACAUCCAUGCAUAAAUACAUUCCGCGCAUUUGGAUCAUCCGCUGCGACAACGUGACGAGGUUGAGCGAUUUAUAUGCCCAUCCAGCUUCGUCGUUUAAAUUCAGCGAAACGGAAUUCAUCGCCGUGACAGCUUAUCAGAACGAGAACAUUACCAAACUGAAGAUCAACAACAACCCUUUCGCGAAGGGUUUCCGGGAGACAGGUCGGUCACGGUGCAAGAGGAAGUUUCAGCAUGUAGAGACGGAUGAUCCAAUUGAGAUCGUAGACGAAGAAGAGAACGUGUCCUUUGAAUCCGAGUCGACCAGGAUAGAUCAUCUAGAAGUUGCCACACAGAGACCGAAAACUGCGUCCAGUGAGACCGGAAGUCUCGACGACAGCGGUGUCAGCAGCUGCGGCAACAUCAGUCCACCCUUGUCCACCAUGAACCAGCGAAAUCCACUGUCCAAGGACGCAGAUCGCGACACGCGACCGCGAUUACACAGACCUUGGAUCGAUUCAGAGCCACAGUUCUCGUCAACUCCUUCCCUGAAACUGUCGCCCAGACACGAGGACUCUUUGGACAUCUCUGCGCAUUACUUGAGGUUACUGCACCCCGCUUUCACGGCGCAACAGAACCUGAUCACGUGGCAAUACCAAUCGUUACAGUAG